CAUCACGAUAUGCAGCUGCCAGUAAAGUCUUAAGAAAGUCAGUAAUAAAUUCCCUCAAUUUGAACAACUACUCAGCUGUUAAAGAACCGAACUAUUAGCCGUAAGUUACAAUGGUCUCCAGCCACAGUGAUUCCCUUGAAGAUAACGGGAUGGAAUGUGAACCAUUCGAUAGUCAACUGCAAGCAAUGGAAGACUCUCCCACGAUCCAAUCACCAAUAUCAUAUAUUUCAAAGAGGUUAAUCCUGUUGAUAACAUGCUUAUGCGCUUUGUGUGACUGCCUACUGCUGUCUGUUAUUGUACCAAUUAUUCCAGUAUAUUUGGACAUAACUGACAAACCAAUGGAUGGGGCACCAAUAACUGCUGACAAUUCAACUAAAAACAGUGCAUUUACCACUGCUUCCUCGUUAGUGACAACUGAUUCAUCUAUGGAUUUUAAAAUUGGAGCAUUAUUUGCAUCAAAAGCCUUUGUUCAGAUUCUGGUGAAUCCAGGUGCUGGGUAUUUAACAGAAAGGGUGGGUUACAGCAUCCCAUUAUACAGUGGUUUCUGUGUGUUAUUUAUAUCAACUCUUGUGUACGCCUUUGCAGAGAGUUAUGGACUUCUCUUCUCGGCCCGGGCUAUCCAGGGAUUAGGUUCCUCUUUGAUUCUUAUUUCUAGUUUAGCAAUGCUUGCAGCUGCCUACCCUGAUGAUGAUGAGCGUGGUACUGCUAUAGGAAUUGCUAUGGGAACAACUGCUCUUGGAGUGUUAGUUGGACCACCAUUUGGAGGAUUGUUCUACGCUGUUGGUGGCAAAGGCCUUCCAUUUUUCAUCCUUGCUGGAUUAAUUUUUCUUACAUUUGUGUUGGUGGUCAUUGCUAAGAAGCCAGUUAUGCCAAACAUUACUGUUAAACCAACACUCAAGGACUUGUUGUCAGAUCCCUACAUUCUUAUUGCUAGUGGUGCCAUCUGUUUCUGCAACAUGGCAUUUGCUCUGUUAGAGCCAACAUUACCCAUUUGGAUGCUGGAAACCAUGAAUGCCAAGAAAUGGCAGAUAGGUGUCAUUUUCCUGCCAUGCACUGGAGCAUACCUUAUAGCCACGCCUCUUUUAGGAAAACUGGGAAACAAGAUAGGCAGGUGGCGUGCAUCUAUAAUAGGGCUUGUGUUGGUCGCAAUUAGUUUAUGUGUGGUUCCGGCUGCUAAGACUGUAGCGGUUCUUGCAGCUCCACUGUUUGCCGUGGGGUUUUCUAUAGGAAUGGUGGACGCCGCUAUGGCAGCAGCCCUGGCCUACCUUGUGGACAUAAGGCACGCCUCUGUGUAUGGCAGUGUCUUUGCUAUCGAAGACUUCGCGGCUUCUGUUGGAUUCGCCUUUGGGCCGCUGAUUGGAGGAGCAAUUGUGGCUAAAGGGAGCUUUCCAUGGCUUCUUCGAGGGUUAGCGAUCGUAAAUCUUCUCUUUGCUCCGCUGCUUUUGUUUCUGAGAAAUCCACGGGCAAAACACCAAAUAUUGCAGAAUGAAGAUACAGAAGUUUCAGCAAUUGAUGAAGAAAGAGAAUCAGCAGCGUUGUGACAACAAGAUUACAAGGAGAAAGUCGCCAGCAUAUAAGGUAAAAAAAAAAAAAUUAAUUGAGCAGCGAAGGAGACCAUGACUGCUGCUGCCGCUGCUGUCCGAUCACGGAUGUUCGUUGGUGAAGAUGAAAUAUGCUUCCUAUUACAUGGGAACAGUUCCCCUUGUUUGGAGUAGGACUGUGAUCCGUUACUCCACCACUGGAAGCUAAACAACAACCGCACAUGAAAUUAGCACACGAAUGAAUGUCUUGUUAAAACGUGUGAAAAAAAAAUUCACAUGUGUGCUUGUUGUAAAAAUAUCUUAAUUGACAAUUUUAAGUUAUAUUUAAUAAAAACGUUCCACUUUUU